UCAAUAAAUUCCAAUUCCUUGCUUGAAAAAAGUGAAUGUGAGAUACCAAGAAAAAGGUAUAACAAAAUAGAUUAAUACAUUUAAUUUUAAAACAAUUAUCCUAAUUUUAUUAUUGAAAUCCUUUAUCAUACACAAUACAUCUUGUAUGCAUUCAAUUUAAUUCCUUUGUAUUUCUUUUUGCCAGAAUAUUACAUUGAAUUAUGCAAGUUUACAUUCAUGAAUUGUUCCAAAGGAGUACUUUGUGAUUAUUAACCUGUGAACAAGCUGUCUUAGGGAUCGGUCAUUAAUAAUGGAGAGGGGGUGGUGGGUGAUAAAUACCAAAUAUUGAAAUUUUUUAAUGGGCAAAAAUAGUUGAAGCUGCCCCCUUUUCUCACCCACCGCCCCCCUCCCAUUAUUAAUGACCGGUCCCUUAGUCCCUUCCAUUGGAUGGGAGAUAGAUAAGGCAAAAAAAAAAUACUUGUUUAGCGCCACACUCUCACAAAUAUUCAGAGGCGGGAGGGCUUUUUUUAAUAUUUACUCGUUUUUAAAUUUUUUAAUAGUAUUUUUUGUGGGAAUGGGGGCGGUUUUUCCACCAUAUCGGUGAUAUUUUUGUACUGAUUUUGCGAAAGCCGCCAUUUUGCUAUAAGAACCUUGUAUACCCAAGCCCACACGCUCCUAUCGAUCAGUAUAUAGCGCGAAUGUCUGAGCAUGAGAAAAAUUUCAAAUAUUAAACUGUUUUAAGCUGUAAAACGAAGAGAUUUACAUAGAAAAUUUUAAAAGUUCAGAGGCGGCAGAAAUCGAGAGGCGGGCGGUGACGCUAACCAAGUUUGUUUUUUUAUUUGGCCUAAUGCAUUGACCAUUAUACAUGUUUAAAAGAGCCUGCACAGUUGUCGUGCACACAAAGUUGAAUAUUAUUAUUAAUAGCAAAAAUUCUCAAAACAUGCAGAACACCAAGUGAAAAAUUUGACAUAUUUCUGUUGCUAACUUUGCUUUAUAUGCAUAAUGACAAGUAAAAAUUCGGUUGAAAGACUCCAUGGAAGCCUGGUUUUAAUUAAAAUCACAAUACCUUAAUUGCUAUGAGGAAAGUAUUCUGAAAUUGUCUCAUUUCGCUUCUACCUUUUUUAAUACAUAUUUCACCCUUAAAAAGAAACAGAUGGUCAGGAAGCUAUAAAAGUCAGAUCUUUGCAAGAAAGAGCAAAUCACAAAUACAACCUAUCAGUAUUGAUCUUUUCUCAAGUGGGCGAGAUUUGUUACAAGUUCUGGCCGAAGGACUUGGAGAGGACAUAAACACAUACAAUGUUACGCUUGGAACAAAACAGGUAUAAAUCAGAAGUAUAUUAAAGUCAUAAUUAUUGUUAGUAUUUUUGCACAAGUGAAUAUAACAAAUCCUACAAGUUGAUUGGUCAAAUUAAUUUUAAAAGCUGUUUGAUAUAUUAUUACAUGCCCUACAGGUGAAUAUAAAAAUGCAAAUCAUAUGUUGAAAUUUCACUCGUGUUGUUUUUAAAAUUUUCUAAUUGUCAAAUAUCGCGUGCGCCAGCAAUUUCUCUGCACAGCAACAGCAACUUUUCCAGCUGCUUUUUCCCACAAAAUUUCCCUGCCACUUAAACGGUGGAAAAGAUUAAGUAAAUUCAGGUAAAUUUGUGGCAAAUGUACAUAUCAUACACCCUAUACAAGAAAUCAUGUAUGGUCUAGGGCAUACUGUACGUAGCGUAAUGUUGUGCAACAAAAUUUAAAGGAAAUUGCAAGGGUUUCUGUAAUUUAUACCAGUUACAAAUCUAAAACUACUUAAACCAGUGAAAAUAAACUUAGCGAUAGUAUAGGCCUAACAAAAGAGGUACAGAAGAAUCUGAAAAUGCCAUUUCCGGCGAUCUAGAGACUAUAAUUCAUUUUCAAAAUUUGUCGUUCAGCGCCUUGUGCCAUACUCGAAAGCCUUACGCUACUUUGACCACUGUGCACAUCUGAUUACUAUAUACCUCUACAUAAUUUUUACUCUUUUAUUCCAUUUACAUUUAUACCAUUUAUAUAAUACUUGUACAUAGAUAUAUGUGUGCUAAAUUAAAUUCUUCUUCAUCCCUCCACCAAAUAGAGACCUGUUCGAUGUGGGACGGCAACGUGACGACGACGGCUAUUCAAACAAUGAGAUUCAUAAUUUUUAGGGGGAAAAAUGAAUAGUUAAUAUCCUACAGGAGUUUGAGACGUCAUGUAUGGUCUGUUUAGUAUAGGUAAUAGCAUGGUUUCGAGUGCAAUUUGGAUAUAACAUGCACGGGUGAGUUUUUCAAAGACCACAAAAUAUCACGAGUCCGAAGGACGAAUGCUAUCUGAGGUCUUUGAAAAACUCACGAGUGCAUGUUUAUCAAAAUUUCACGAGAAACCAUGCUAUUACUUAUUAAUAAUUUACAUAAAAAUGUUCGAGACAAUUUCACAUUCCACUAGCAAAGUUUUUCUGGCUUUGUUAUAUCACAUUAUACAACGCUAACAGCUUGAAAAUUCCACUCAACUAUGUAAUUUUUGUUAGUCUUGUUUAAGGUAAAUGCUUUUCCAUUUAAAAAUAAAGAUAAAACCCAUAUUUUCCACGCGAAGGCAACUUUUACUUUAUGUAGCGCGGCGCCAUGUUUGUUUUGUUUUGAAGCAAUCUGUGACCGUUACUUCUUUAAACUAAAUUAAAUUGCUUUAAACUGAUUGGUUGAUUUAAUCAUCACAAUGUUUUUCCACCAACCAGAUCAGUUUUUUACAGAUUUUUCCACUGUGAUUACAGAAAAUUGCACUGUGAUUACAGAAAAAUGCACUGCUGUUUGGGAUUAACUGCACUGAAAUGAACCAAUCACAGUCGAGUAAUAUCUUUAUGUAUAUUAUUACAAUGGGAUAUUAACGUCCUAGAUAAAACGGUUGCACUUCAAGACGCGAGAACUGAUACUCAGCAAACUAGCUCAGUACUACCGUCGAACUUUCUCAACAAUAAAGCCACCAUUUCAAGCUAACCAGACAGUAUUAAAUUGAUACGAUCAAUGAUAGUCUACAAACUUUCUUUACAAUCGUUUAUUUGAAUGAUUUUAUUCUGGCCGUUGUCGUUGCGUUGCCGUCCUACAUCGUAAGGUCUCUGUUAUCAAGCAACCUACGCCCCUACUUUCAUGGGAACUCUUCAAAGGGAAGGGUAGUCGAUCGUAUACGUUACAACUGCUAAUGUAGUGCAGUGUGAUAUGGCUUUUUAACAUUCUAUGUACAAUUAUAAUCAACGUUUUCAUUUAUAACGUUGUACUUCAAGAAAAAAUAUUUAUUACAUUAUAUAAUUUUAUAUUGUUUUUAAGAUUGACCUGGAUAAGUCGUUAUUUGACCAAGAAAUAUACCACGGAACGACAGUUGAUUUAAAUUUACGUUUGCAAGGAGGUUUGUAUACCAAUAGUUAUAAGAAUUUGUAGACUUGAUAUACAUUGUAUUCAUCUCUGUAAAGGAUAUAAAAUGCUAGGUCCUGCAGCCCCUUUUAGGACUGAGACUCUUUUUAAGGGCAUUGUUAAGAUAACAGAAGAUUGACUGUCUGCAAUUAAACCAAUUGACUGUCUGUGAUUAAACCUUCAUACAUUAUUGGCAUCAUUGGAGAACCAUUUUGUUUCUAUAUCAUUUUGCCGUUUAAAUUAUACCAGAGCCUAGCAACAUCACAGGAGCUGCUGCGUCUUUCGAUUUUUAUGUCCAUGUUGUAUAAUAAUCAUCCCACACGAAGGCAAAUGUAGACACUAAGGCAAAUGUAGUAUGCAUUGUAACCAUUUUAGUAGGAUAUCUCUUCAUUGAACAUUGAACAUUGAACAUUUAUUUAAACACGGUAAAAUCUUCAGUGUAGAAUAAAAUACAAAAACUAUUAAUAAAUUUCACACAUCACUAUAUACACACUAAUUUCCUAACUAAAAUGCACUGUUUUCCAAGAUUGCCGUGUGGGGAUCCCAUUAUAAUGUCAAGAAUUGAUUAAUUUCAUUUUUGAAAUGCCUCAAUGAUUUGGACGUACGUGCAGUUUGAGGAAGCGCAUUCCAUAAACUUGCUCCACUGUAGCAGAAACUACGCUUCAUAAAGUCCGUACGUGGUUUUGGUAAAUUUAGCUUCAUUUCUGCAUUUCUUAAGUUAUAAUCUGUGCUGCGAAAUGUAAACAUGUUUUGUAAAUACUCUGGCGUUAGCUUAUUGAUAGUUUUAAACAUUAGUAUAGACUUGUGCUUUUUCCUACGUAAGGAAAGAUUGUCCCAAUGCAGUUUCUCUAAGAGAAUGCUAGAGCUGACAUCGUAGUUGGAUUUCGUAAUCACUCUAGCAGCUCUAUUCUGCAAUUUUUGCAUUUUUUCACAUAAUGUUGCGCCAAAUUCGUCCCAAAUGGGACUACAGUAAUCAAAGUGAGGUUGAAUUAUAGCGUUGUAAAUUUGGAUUGCUGUUUCAGUUGAUAUAAAUGGUUUUAUUCGCUUAAGAGCACCUAUAGCGGAAGAAAUCUUUUUACACUUCAUAUCAAUGUGUUUAGACCAAGACAGAUUUUUAUCAAUAAUUACACCUAGUGAUUUUGCCUCAUCAACUUGUUUAAUCACAUGACCAUCCAGGUCAAUAUUGAUAUUUUCGUUAGUGUGCGCAUGCAUACGUUGUCGAGAUCCUAUUAUCAUAAAUUCUGUCUUGGCGAUAUUAAGGCUUAAUUUGUUCGCUUCCAACCAGCUUUUCGAUUUUUUUAAUUCCGAAUUAAUAACAUUUUCUAGUUCGGCGAUAGAGUUGGCCGCAUAACUAAUGUUCGUAUCAUCAGCAAACAUUCUCGGUACUGCUGCACUGAGACAAUUAGGAAGGUCGUUAAUAUACACAAGGAAGAGUAAUGGUCCUAAGUUACUUCCCUGUGGUACACCACGUGUAACUGAUGCAGAUGAUGACAAGCAACCUCUAACAUUACAUUUCUGAGAUCGACCGGUCAAAUAAGACUGAAACCAUUCGAGACUUAAUUGAUCCAUACCGUAAAUUCGAAGCUUCCGCAGCAAUAUCUGAUGAUCAAUAGUAUCGAAUGCUUUUUUAAGGUCGAUAAAUAUUACUCCAUUGAAGAGGCCAUUGUCAAUAUUAACUGACCAGUUACUAGUGGCUUCAAGAAGAGCAGUAAGUGUACUAUGUAACGACCUGAAACCGGACUGGCAAUGCGUUAACAAGCUGUUAGAACUGAAGUAAUUAUAAAGCAUAUUUAAUUUCAAGGCAUGCACAGAAGAAAAAACCCGGCGAAAAAAACAAAAAAGAAGAAAGAUAACCAAAAGGCAGCGGAAAUACUUAAUACAGGUUUGUGUAAAUUAAUAAUUUUCAAUAGUAUUUUUUGUUAUUUGAUAUCGUGCAACUUUCGGAUUUUUCCAGCCCCAUAGCCAGGCGCUUACCCACGUGCUUCCACAACCGCUUGUUAAAAAAUCCUUUCACAAUCUCCAAAAUUCCUUUUUCCCAACAGCUGGGAAAUUUGUUGCGCAUACUGGCGCUCCAGAUUAACCAAAAUUUCCAUUGAAACUUGAAGGUUUCCCCGAAGAAAUAGCGAGACGCUCGCGGUUGUUAUACAUUUUUGAAUGCAUGCAUUCAAUUUUCCACCCGCGCGUCACGCCCACACGUCUUGUUAAGAGGUUACCGUGUCUUGUUAAGAGGCAAUUUUUUGUCGCGUAAUUGCAAUGGCAAGUGUUCAAUACAAACCAUAUUUUUGUCGUUGCUCUCAAAAUUACUUUGUUUUAGCUUUAUUUUGUAGUUUACACAGUGAACAACCUUUUCAAAUGUAUCCGACAGUUGAGAAACACAAAAUAAUGGUUUUAUUUGCAAUACAAGCAACGUCAGGCAUUAAAAUAAGCGGCGUGUUUUUGACACACUUUGUGUCCUUGUAAAAGGAAAAUGUGUCGUUGUAAAUUGUAAAUUGAAAAGUGUGUACUUGGGACAGUGUACUUUGCCUUGGGGAUAAAGCCCAGAAAAUCCAUUCCCAGUCAUUUCCCACAUCAAUAUUGUUCAAAGUAAUCAUGUGUUUAUUACCUGAUAGCCAGAUAUAUAUUUCUGGUUUAUAUAUUUCUAGCUUUUCUGUUUAUAACAUGUCAAGAAACGCUUGUAAAAUUACCAAAUGCUCCAGAAAUCAUGCUACAAUAAUCAGGAUCGCCUUUAAGAAUUUUCAUCUGACAAUUGAAAAUUUAAAUAUGAAUCAAUUAGAAUUAAUGCAUGAUUUAAUACGUACUUGUUAGAUAGCGUUCAACCAUUGGACUACCAAAAGUGCCAAAACGGCGCUUAGCUUCUGCUUGUGACCCCCAAAUUAUAAAAUAUUUACUGAUACAGCACUGAAAUAUAUAUGAAUUAGCUCCAAGAUAUAACUAGGUAUUGCUCAAGUUACGCUGAAAACUAAAGUUAUUGACCCGCAUUUUACCUAUUUGAAACAAAUUUUUACCUUUAAAAGGCACUGAACUUUAACGAAUAUUCAACAAAGCCUGUUCUUAGUUGACAAGUAUUUGUGCUCAAGCCAGUCUGCCACACUUCCAAGUGAUCGUUGCUCUUGGCGUGGACGUAAAGUGUGUCCUUGUAAAAAAUCCUUAUUUUAAUGCCUGAGCAACGUUUAGUGACAUUCAGAAUCAUUUUCUCUUUUACCAUCGAAAAUCUCUUCAUUUUAGCAUCAUUUUACAGAUAAAGCAAUAAACACACUUUUAAAGUUUGUUUGCCGCUUGAGAAGCGUAUCAAAAAUGAAAAAAUUGAAUAAAGUCAUAACCAAGGGCAAAGUAUAUUCGUUGUUCAUUGUUUUGAGGGCGUGUUAUGUAAUAUGCAAGAGAUUCUCCUGUUAAUCUUUUUCUUAAAAUUUAUGUAGAAUCACCUGAAAUGUGGAGCAAACAACAAGUGGCAAGCUGGGUUUCAGAUAAGUGCACAGAAUAUGAGAUUGAUGAAGAAGAAGUUUCUAAACUAAAAUCUCAGAACGGUAAAGGAUUAGACAGAUUGUCAAAAGAAGAUUGGAUAAGACGAUCCGAAAAUCAUGGCGAUCUGUUUUUUGAUUUGUGGGGGGAAUUAAAACGGACAACUCUCACAGUAGAGAUCACAGAUAAAAAAGAAAUAGGUAGGCAUAUUAGAUAUAGUAGCAUUUAA